AUGAAACGCAGCCACGCAUCUUCCAGUAAAAUAGGGGAGACCACUGGUGGGGGAUCAGCAAAAAAAGCCUUCAAAUCACAAAAUCAGCAAGGGCCUUCCAGCAAAAAAAAAGGAACAGAUGGAGAAGGAAUAAAAGCAGCUCAAAAACGAAACCAGGGCACUCUAACAGUCAAAAGAAAAGCUAAGGAACACAAGGACUAUUCCCCUGCGGAAGAAAAAGGCUCUUCAAAAAAGGUGAAACUAAGCAGUGCUAAAGUAGGAUCUUGGCAGACUCUCUCAGAGAGCAGCAGGCAGUUUCUGGAAACUGUAAUGGAUUCCGUAAUACUAUCUGUUUUGUGCCAGGAAAGUGGGAGGAAAGAUGAUAUUCAGAAACACCUCAAUUUACUGAAAGAAAGGGUGCUGAGAUUUUUCAAGACUUUAAAGGUGCCUCCAGGGAAGCUGGGCAACCUGAAGAAUGUCCCCAGCCUUCUAAUGGCGGAGAAAGAAAUGCUGGAGACAAAUGAAGAGUCUUUGCUACAAAUGCAGGAAGAAAUAAAUGAAGCUGAGCGAUCAGCAGGACGCAUUGAAGAAACUAGACAGCAACUGCAGUACAAAAUCCAGAGGCUCAAGAAUCAGUUAGAGGAAGAUGAAAAAAAGGCCAGAAAGAUAUUCCAGGAAGAUGGCAAUGGAGCACUCCACCUUCCAGAACUCCCCAAGCGCAGUUUCCAGGCACCCACUUUGCAGGAAGAAAUUUUGAAGAUAAAAAAUCAGAAAGAUCUUCUAAAGGAUAUGAACACUAUUCAGCAGUCAGCUGACUUGAAGAACAUGUUAACCCUCAUUGAAAAGAGCUAUGAGAAGGUGGACUUCCUUUGA